CGCAGUACUUCCACUGACGUCUCCUCAUCAGUGGAUGCAUGUCGUUCUCAUUAUAAGCAGCUUAUUGGACAAUUAGAAUAUGUCUUUUAUGAUCAGAUAAAGGAAAAUACAAGAGGAAACUUCUCUGAAGCUCUAACGACAAAAAGAGAGCGUCAGAUGGAGUGAACCAGAGCUUUAAAGCAGACCCUGCAGCAACAGGAUGAGAAGAAAGAGGAAGCAGUGAAACGAGCCUUCGUCAAAACACUUCAAACGCUGGACAUCAUAAAUGGAGAGGAGUCAGAAACCCCGUCUGCUGGUCCUGCUUCUCGCUCUGAUUCAGGUCUGCCAUGGAGAGGGAAGUUGUUCGAGUGACCCGGGCAACAAUAUCACCUGCUCCUCUGACUACAACCGUACAAUCACGUGUGUGUGGAACAGCGCGUACGAUCAUUCAGACAGUGUGUGCACGAUAGACGCCCUAAAUAAAAAGGAGCCUACACGGAAAGCUUCCAAAGCUUCAUGCACGCUCAAACCUGUUGAAGGCAGAUCAAAGCAAAUGACCUGUAACAUGGAGUUCUAUAGAGACGAAAACUUUCAACCUUACAAUUUCUUCUCCAUGAAUCUGAACUGUAAUCCUGGGCCGGCGAAUGUGAACAUGUGCUUCCAGCCAAUUGAACACAUAAAGCUGAACCCUCCACAACAACCUCAUAUCAACUUCACCACCAUUUCCUGGCACCCCCAAGUUUAUUUCAAAAUCGAACUGUUCAAAUACCAGUUGCAGUGGAAACAAGAGAAGCAGUCAUGGAGUGAUCCGUCUGUGCAGAAAAACACAAAUACUAAUUCAUGGAAGAGGAAUCAACCAGGGUCCGCUGAGCUCCAGGAAGAUCGGCUGAUUCGAGGCAAGAGGUACGAGGCACGCAUUCGAGUGAAGACCGAAGAAGAAUACUUCAAGUCUACCUGGAGUGGCUGGAGCCCCACUGCAUCAUGGGUAUCCACCGUUGGAAGAACGGAACAACCCCAACCAUCAGAUCUUGCUUGGCGUGUUGCGGGCCUUUUUGCCCUUGCAGCUGCGAUUGCAGUGUUUCUGGUUAUCGUACGAUUUAAGACUGACAAAACCACCUGGGUUCACAUCGUGAAGAUAAUCAAAGGUCCGCCUCUUCCCAACCCAGAAAAAUCCUUCCUGAAGGAUCUAAACUUCGAGAGUCGGUCGAGUCCUCACUUCCUCGUUGUUUCGGGGGAGUUGGACUCGGUGGAGAUCUCCUCCUGUGUGGACGCAGUGUUGCCGUGCAGCCAGGAGGAGGCGCUGAUGCACAAAAUCAGAAGCGAAAUUACCCACAAAUCCACCAGUUCAGACUUCUCCAACCCCAAUUACUCCGAUCUCCUCCCCCAUACUCCUCCUCCUCCUCCUCCUCACAUUUCCUCCCUCACAGCAGGGAACCUCCCUCAAUGCGUCUCUGACGCUCCUUACGGGCCGGUGGGAGGUCAAAGAAGUGAAAAGGAAAUGGAUGAAGACAGAGGGAAGAAGAAGGAGGAGGAAAUCCAUCAGUUGUUCUCUAAAGGGAGUGAAGCCAUGCUGCCGGUCUCAGACUAUGAGAGGGUGGAGGAGUUAAAGGGGGAGAGAGGGAGGCUGCAGAGCUUAGAUUCAGGUGUUGGUAGUGGGGGAGAGCAGGUGAGUCAGGAGAGUCAGGAGAGCAUGGAGGAGGUGAGUCAGGAGAGCAUGGAGGAGGUGAGCAUCACUGAGGGGAGGGAGGAAGGAAAGGAGGAGAGGAAGGAGGAGGAGAAGGAAAGGACAAAGGAGGAGAAUAAGAAGAAAGAGGAGGUGAGGGACGAGGAGAGAGAGAAGGAGGAGAGAGAGAAGGAGGAGAGAGAGAAGGAGGAGAGGGAGGAGGAGAGAGUUGAUUUCCACAAGAUGUUUGGAGGUGAGGGAGGCAUUCAGGUGUGCUCUGAUUAUAAAAAGGUGCACCAGGUGGAGGAAGAGGAGGAGGAGGAGACAGAAGACCUCCUGCUGUCUCCUCCUUCCUCCUGCUCCUCCCUCUCUCUGGGCUUCUCUGAGGGUCUGAAACCUGACCUCCUGGAGAGAAUGUCUCUGUUGAGCAGCAGCCGGUCAGUGGCGCCCUCUGGUGACGGAUACAUGCCGGCACGACAGGAACAGAGAUGACAAAUAAAUAAAUAAUUCUUCAGGUCAGACAGGAGGAGGAGGAGGAUACGUGCCACUUGGGAUGUGACCAUAAGUUUACAAUUAUUUUUUUAUUUAUUCGUUAAAUUUGUUAUCUUUUUUCCUGAAAAUCUCAGAAUGCUGAAUUAGUGUAAGUUGUAUUUAAUUUAUAUUAUUCAAAUUAUUUAUUUGUCCUGAAAUGCACAGAACAGAACAGCCCUUCGUGAGAAGGAGGGGCUGAACACACGUUGUUAUGUUUGUUAAAGGUCACCUAUCAUGCUAUUUUUAGGCAAUAGCAGAUCUCAGAUAUGGUCUCAGAUAUAUACAAAUAUAUAAAAAACAUGUCUAUGAAGUGUUUU